AUGAGCAAAAUUGUCAUAGAUACUAAUGUGUUUUUUCUUUCUGAUGUAUUCUCUUUACAAUGGUCAUCUGGAUUAGUCCAGACAAUAUUGUCAAAAUUAUUUCCUACAAUUAAACAAGACCAUCAACAUGAUGAAUGUUCAUCUGCUAAACAUGCAAUGAAUCAAAAACCUCUAUCUCUUGGUGCCGUCAUUGGUAUGAAGUUUUAUAGAAUAAAAUCAACACUGUUUUACUAUAAUAAUAGGAAUAUGUUCUUAGAGGUAUCGGGAGCAAGAUUUCCCAAGAAACCUGGGGGGACCGCUCUUGUCCCUCGAGACAUGUCACUCGGUCGACUCACCAUCGAUGUCAACGCCCACAAGUCCGGUACCACCCGUCACGGCUCACCGCCGGACCAAACCACUGAAGGAACUCACUGUCCGGUAUCCAUCACCAGAAAUUGUUUAAAAUUGAAUUUAUUUACAACACACAUGACACAUAUAUUUAGCGCGGAUGAGUUGACAUCGUGGAUAGAAAUCCUUAAGUCAGGUAUCCAAUCAGUUAUUCCUUUUAACAUAUGCCCUCAAUGUUAUGUCAAGUCUCGAUCUGGUAUUUCUUUUCUGUCACUUGUAACUAAGUCGCAGAAUCAAUACCACUGGGGAUCGUCAAGUUUAUGA